AUGUCGACAGUAGCAGUUGUCGCAGGGUUCAGCCAGACGAAUCGAUGGCUCAUGUACGCCAGCUUCAUGUUGGCUCCCGCCCAAUUCGUCGGUGGACUCGGAAGUAACUGCCCCAGCAAUAUCGGGUUUUUGGCCUACAAUUGGUAUACCCAGAUUCAAUGGUACCAAGCUGUGAAAGCAAAGCAACUCCAUGCACUCUCUUUGCUGCCUGUUCACUUCAAUUUCCUAUACGUCUUGACCUACCUCGGUGGAAUCACAUCGGGCAAUAUCUUCAUGGGCCUUAUUCUAGGUCUGGGCACAGCCGGUGUAAUGAUCUUGAAUACUAUCUCUGCUUGGACGAGUUGGGCUACCAAUCAGCAGGACGGUUUCGGAGUGUAUCAAUUCUUUUUCUUCGGCUGGCGGACCCUCAGCCCGGGCUGGCAUACAUUCAUCUUGCUAUGGCAGAUUGCAGAUUCUAUUCUCGCCUUUGGCUGCGUCCUAACUGCCUUGACAAUCUCUGUUAUGGUAACACGCAAGGAUUUCGACGAAGAUAAAUUACCAUGGUAUCUUCACACAUAUCCCAUGAUUUUACUGGGCUCAGUUGCUAUGCUGCUCGCUGGCUGGGAACUUAUUUUAUGGGCGGAGCUCAUUGUCUCUCGAAACCAUAUAGAAUCAGAAACUGAUAUGGUUGCAGUAUGGCUUUUUGUUGCACAAGUUGGGGCCAUGUUAAUACCAAGUUGUGGGAGUGUGUUGGGGUGUUUUAGGAGUGGGUUUCGUGGACCUCGGUCAUCUCCUGAGGAACAUGGCCUUGUAUAG